GGGAAUUUGUUUUCUUCUUCUUCCUGGUAAGAAAGAGAGAAUCCUUACUAAAUAAGAAUCCGCAAAGCAUACAAGUACCACCUCUGCGGAUUCAUCGUCAAGAUUUAUAUAUUAUAUUAUUCACGAUCAACUCGAUUCCCCUCUCGUCUCUCUUUCUCUUUUUCUAGUUUGGCGAGCCCUAGAUCUUGAAUCCUGAUUCGUAUAUCUCUUCACUACUCUACUCUCCAGCUCCUUCUCCCAGAUAUCUGUAAGUUAUCAGUUGGAUACCGGUCCAUUGUUUGAGGUGUGGUGGUGGACAGAAAGUCUAAGAAAUAAGAGGACCACGUGGAGAUAAAGCUCUCAUGCACUUAUACUAGAUGAAGGCAGGUCAGGCGUGGCAUCUGGGCAGCAUUGGUGAUAUGCAGAUCUUGCCUGGGCCUCGCCACCGCCCUUCUUUGAAGAGGCCUAUAUGGAUUAUUUUCUUGGUUUCAAUAGUCAGCCUUUUUCUAGUUUGUGCUUACAUCUAUCCCCCAAGAGGCAGUGCUCCCUGCUAUGUAUUUUCUUCUAGGGGUUGCAAUGUUCUUUCUGAUUGGCUUCCUCCUGCUCCUGCUAGAGCAUAUACCGAUGAAGAGAUUGCAUCUCGUGUUGUGAUUAGGGAAAUUUUGAAAACAUCUCCUACCAAGUCCAAAAAUUCCAAAAUAGCAUUCAUGUUCUUGUCUCCUGGGUCUUUGCCUUUUGAGAAGCUUUGGGAUAAGUUCUUCAACGGUCAUGAAGGAAAAUUCUCUGUUUAUGUUCACGCAUCAAAGGAAAGGCCAGUACAUGUUAGCCGUUACUUCCUUAACCGGGAUAUACGCAGUGAUGAGAUUGUAUGGGGAAAAAUUUCAAUGAUUGAUGCAGAGAGACGUUUACUGGCAAAUGCUCUUAAGGAUCCUGAUAAUCAACAUUUUGUGCUACUUUCUGAUAGUUGUGUACCAUUGCAUACUUUUGAGUAUGUCUAUAACUCUCUGAUGUAUGCAAAUAUCAGCUUCAUUGACUGCUUUCAGGAUCCUGGACCACAUGGAAAUGGCAGGUAUUCAGACCACAUGUUACCUGAAGUUCAAAAGAAAGACUUUAGGAAAGGUGCACAGUGGUUCUCAAUGAUACGCCAGCAUGCUGUGAUAGUUGUGGCUGACAGUUUGUACUACUCGAAGUUUCGAGAUUAUUGCAAGCCGGGUUUGGAGGGAAAAAAUUGCAUUCCUGAUGAACAUUACUUGCCAACCUUCUUCCAUAUGCUUGAUCCUGUUGGUAUUGCAAAUUGGUCUGUAACACAUGUUGAUUGGUCUGAGAGAAAGUGGCAUCCAAAGUUGUACAAGGCUCCGGAUAUCACCCUUGAGCUCCUGAAGAAUAUUACGUCAAUUGACGAAAGUAAACAUGUCACAAGUGAUGACAAGCGGGAAGAGCAGGUACAAGCUUGUUUAUGGAAUGGUAUCAAACGGCCAUGUUACUUAUUUGCACGGAAGUUCCACCCAGGGGCUCUAGAUAAACUGUUGAAGCUUUUCUCAAAUUACACAACACUUUGAGAGGGAUUUUUUACUAAAUUCUUUGGAUCAAUUGUUUUCAUCUUGACCCCCUCACUCCGUCUUGGUUGCCUAUAUAGCGUGAAAAGUCAAAAUUGUCAUGUUAUUGGGGCUUGAAUCUAUCCCAAUGAUUCUUCUUGAGUAGGAGGGCAACCAGGAGGAUCAGUUUAGGUUGACUUUGAGUGAGGCUGGAGGCCAGCAAUUGUUAGUUUGUUGCUCCCUUCCAGGUGAGUUAUAUUAUUCUUGUCCAUUUUUUCCCUCCCAUCAUGGGCCAACAAUUUCUUAAAUCUGUUCUGGGAUGGAGAAUUUCGGGGGUUCAUAUUUCUUUCCUCUCUUUUUGUAAAAGAUGAAAAUGUGAAGGUACAAAUACAAGACAAAUGGACUCUUUUGAGGAAAUAUGAAGCUCAAUUCUAAAAUUUCUGUUACUGUUGGAGGCUAUCUGUGUAUAUUAUUUGUUUGUAUGUUCUUAAAUUAUUUCAUUGUUUUCAUGAUUAUGAAAUCAUAAAAACCCAGAUGAGUAAUGUGUUCCUUGAAUCUUUAACCCUUAUCAAGCUACAUGUAUCAGAAGAGAAAACUUAUUAGGAGCCAGAUUAGCAUCUAAUGAUUCACAAACUUCCCAGUGCCAGUAGGUCUUUAGAUAUGUAUGGCUUAAUAAGGGUUUGUGGAGUUGUAAGCAGAAAAAUUUCGUUGUUGUAGAUUGUGAGGAUUAAUAAAUUCCUUUGGAUUCA